AUGGUGUUACGUUCAAAAAUAUUUUUUUUCUUCCUCUUAUUUUUUUUAUAUCUCAAUGAAAAAGUCAUAUGUUCCAUAAACGAAAAUGAAAAUGAAACUAAAACUAUAAGUCAAUAUGAAAAUCAAAAUCAAAAUGUUAAUCAAACGAUAAAUCACUAUGACAAUAUUGAUCAAUUAAAAUCGAUGAUUGGAAAUGACGAAUUACAUAAAAAUUUAACAAUUUUAGAAAAAUUAAUUUUAGAAUCAUUAGAAAAAGAUAAAUUAAAAUAUCCUCUAAUAAAAGAAGGAAGUGACCAGUUGUUAGAUAUAUCGAAAUUUCAAAAAAAAAAUGUUAGCGAUACGAAUGAUGAAUCGUAUGUUAUACCUACGAUCCAAUCGUCUUUUCACGAUAUUGUAAAAUAUGAACAUCUAAUGAAAAAACAAUUAAUAGAAAUAUAUAAUUCUGAUAUUUCAGAUAUAAUUAAGAAAAAAAUAUUUAUUGUACGAACAUUAAAAACAAUAAAAUUAAUGCUUAUACCUUUAAAUUCGUAUAAACAAAAGAACAAUUUAAAAUGUGCACUCGAAGAAUUAAAUAAUGUAUUUAUAACCAAAAAUGUGGAGGAGAAGAAAACAAUUAGUCCAGUAGGGGAUCACGCAACAUUUUUUAGUAAUCUGUUAACACGUUUUAAAAAUAUUAUAUCUGGAGUGCAUGAUAUUGAACAGUCACAUGGAAUAAAACCUAAAAAAGAAUUACUUAUAUUAGAUGAUACCAAAAUAGAUGUGAUGGACACGAACGAUUUUUUUUUUACGACCAAUACCAAUAUAAAUUUUAUGGAAGCGUUAGAUGAUAUAACUAACCAGUAUGGAUUAGGGUUAAUUAACCAUUUGGGUCCUCAUCUAAUAGCCCUGGGACAUUUUAUUGUAUUAAAAUUAGCACUUAAAAAUUAUAAUAGUUAUUUCCAAGCAAAAAGUAUCAAAUUUUUUAGUUGGCAAAACAUUUUACAAUUUAGUUUAACUGAUCGAUUUAAAGUUCUUGAUAUGAUGUGCGACCAUGAAUCUGUAUAUUAUUCGGAAAAAAAACGUAGAAAAACGUACUUGAAAGUGGAUCGAUCACACACAAGUAUGGAAUGUAAUAUUUUGGAAUACCUAAUACAUUAUUUUAAUAAAUAUCAGCUAGAAAUAAUAAAAACUACUCAAGAUACCGAUUUUGAUUUACAUGGGAUGAUGGAACAUAAAUAUAUAAAAGAUUAUUUCUUUUCAUUUAUGUGUAAUGAUCCUAAAGAAUGUAUUAUUUAUCAUACGAACCAAUUUAAAAAAGAAGCAAACGAAGAAAAUACGUUCCCCGAAGAACCCAAUCGCGAAAUAAGUGCAUAUAAUAUAUAUUUGAAUUAUUAUUAUUUCAUGAAACGUUACAGUUCUUACGGAACAAAAAAAACUUUAUAUGUCCAUUUAUUAAACUUAACAGGACUUCUAAAUUAUGAUAUUAGAGCGUAUGUCACAUCACUUUAUUUACCAGGAUAUUAUAACGCUGUUGAAAUGUCUUUUACAGAAGAAAAAGAGUUUUCUACCCUUUUUGAAAACUUACUAAAAUGUAUUGAGAAAUGUCAUUUACACCAACCAAAUACAUUAUCAAAAGAUAGUAAUUUUCUCAACGAUGUAUCCAAAUGCGAUGUAUGCAAAGGAGCAUUUUUAUACUCUAACCUCAAAUUUGAUGAAGUUCCUUCGAUGGUACAGAAAUUUUACGUAUAUUUAACUAAAGGUCUCAAAAUACAAAAAGUAUCAGCUCUAAUGAGAACGUUAGAUAUGUAUCAAGAGUACAGUAAUUUCUUAUCCCAUGAUAUUAAUUGGUACACGUUUUUAUUUUUAUUUCGACUUACCAGUUUUAAGGAUAUUUCAACCAAAAAUAUCGCUGAAGCAAUGUAUUUAAACAUAAAAGACGAAGAUUCGUUCAACCGAACGGUCGUAACAAACUAUUGGUUCCCUUCCCCUAUAAAAAAAUAUUAUACUUUAUAUGUUAGAAAACGUAUUCCAAACAAUUUGGUCGAUGAAUUGGAAAAAUUAAUGAAAGUUGGAACGUUGGAAAAAAUGAAAAAAUCUCUCACCUUUCUGGUCCAUGUCAAUUCGUUUCUGCAACUAGAUUUUUUCCAUCAAUUAAAUGAACCACCUCUAGGAUUACCGAGAUCUUAUCCUUUAUCGUUAAUUCUCGAACAUAAAUUUAAAGAUUGGAUGAUCAGUUCGCCCGCAGGUUUUUAUUUUUCCAAUUAUCACAAUCCAUAUAUAAGAAAAGAUUUGCACGAUAAAGUGUUAUCACAGAAAUUUGAACCGCCAAAAAUGAACCAGUGGAACAAAGUUUUGAAAUCGUUGAUCGAAUGUGCUUACGAUAUGUAUUUUGAUCAACGACAUGUGAAAAAUUUAUAUAAAUAUCAUAACAUUUAUAAUAUCAAUAACAAAUUAAUGUUAAUGCGCGACUCCAUGGAUUUGUACAAAACACAUUUUGACGACGUGUUAUUUUUUGCAGAUAUAUUUAAUAUGAGAAAAUAUAUGACUGCUACCCCAACAUAUAAAAAAGUAAAAGAUCGUGUGUACCAUACAUUGCAUAGUAUUAUGGGAAAUUCGGUCAAUUUUUACAAUUAUGGUAUUAUUUAUGGAUUUAAAAUAAACAAAGAAAUAUUGAAAGAAGUAAUGGACGAAUUGUUUUCCAUAUAUAAUUUUAACACAGAUAUAUUUUCAGAUACAUCUUUUUUGCAAACCGUUUAUUUAUUAUUUAGAAGAAUAGAAGAAACAUACAGGACACAACGAAGAGAUGACAAGAUGAGCGUGAAUAAUGUUUUUUUCAUGAAUGUGGCAAAUAAUUAUUCAAAAUUAAACAAAGAAGAACGCGAACUGGAAAUCCAUAAUUCUAUGGCGUCGAGAUAUUAUGCAAAAACUAUGUUUGCAGCAUUUCAAAUGUUAUUUUCCACAAUGUUAAGUAAUAAUGCAGAUCAUCUGGACAAAGCAUAUGGAUUAAGUGAAAAUAUCCAGGUAGCAACAAGUACUUCCGCAUUUCUUACAUUUGCAUAUGUAUAUAACGGAAGUAUCAUGGAUAGUAUGACGAACAGUUUGUUGCCACCAUAUGCGAAAAAACCUAUAACACAAUUAAAAUAUGGGAAAACGUUCGUUUUCUCCAACUUUUUCAUGCUUGCAUCCAAAAUGUACGAUAUGUUAAAUUAUAAAAAUUUAAGUCUUUUAUGUGAAUAUCAGGCAGUGGCAAGUGCAAAUUUCUACUCGUCUAAAAAAGUGGGUCAGUUUAUUGGAAGAAAAUUUUUACCCAUCACUACCUAUUAUCUAUAUCUCAGAAUUGGCGGAUCAAGUGUAUGGACACUUGGUAAAAGUUGUACAACAAGUAGUACAGAUCCAACGCAUAGUUGUACUACUCAUACUACUAAAUGUAAUACAAUAAAUGCUGCGCCACACAAAUUUUUCUUCAAUAACGACCUUGCACGCGAUGCCUCCAUAUACUUGUUUUUUUAUUUUUUUUCGAAUUUAUACCUGGAUGCGGGCAAAUCGUUUCCUGGAGGGUUUGGUCCUGCAAUAAAAGAACAAACAAAACAUGUUAGUGAAAAAACGUACGAACGCAAACCUUCCGUUCAUAGUUUUAAUAGAAAUUUUUUCAUGGAAUUGACGAACGGGUUCAUGUACGCUUUUUGUUUUUUCGCAGUAUUUUCUUUAUACGCAUAUUAUGAAAAUAUUCAUUUUUAUAUUACUAGCAAUUUCCGUUUCUUGGAAAGAUAUUAUGGAGUAUUCAAUAAAUAUUUAAUAAAUUUUGUACGAACCAAAAUUAAAGAAUAUACAAGUGAUCUUUUAAUAAAAUACGAACGUGAAGCAUACUUAAAUAUGAAAAAGUAUGGGUAUCUAGGUGAAGUUAUUGCUUCACGAUUGUCUCCCAAAGAUAAAAUCAUGAAUUAUUUGCACGAAACGAACGAGGAGACCAUGAAUAAUUUAAGACGAUAUGAUAUGGAACAUGCGUUCAAGAACAAAAUGGCUACAUAUGUGGACGAUUUUGCUUUUUUUGACGAUUGUGGAAAAAACGAACAAUUUUUAAAUGAAAGAUGUGAUUACUGUCCUGUUGUUGAAGAAGUGGAAGAAACACAACUACAACCACAAUUACUCCCCCACACUGAUGAGACCACUAACCUGUCUGAGCCAACGAGUGCGUAUGUUGAUGUUGAAAAAAUAAAUGAAGAACAUUCGGAAGAUAGUGAUGAUGAGAAGGAUUUCGAUGAACCCGACGAUGAAUUAAUGGUUGCACGUUUUCACUAA